GGGACACAUAUUCUGGUAUGUCAAAGUUCCUUGGGGAAAUUACAGGUAUUUUUUUGCCUAUCAGUUUAGGUAGUUUAAAUACCUUGGAUCAUAUUUCCUUACAGUUACCAUCUCAGUAACUUAAGAGCAAAGAGGGCAUGGACAUUUGUGUAUGUGCAAACAGUGUCUAACUGACACAAUUCUGCAGUUUUAAAAUUUAAAAUUCUGCACUUUUAUUCUUCACUCUGCAGCUUUCCCCCUUCUUCCUUGGGGAACAGCUCCUUGUGCUCGCCUCCCAGGACACACCAAGCUGAAACAGAGUUUAAUUUACUUCUUUACUCUUGACUGAAGGCAUCUGCAGCUCUGUCAAUGAAAAGAAACCUAUUUAGCAAUUCUGCCACUGCUCCAUUUUGCUGGCAGUUGGAUGCUGGUCUGUGAUGUCACUGUGAUGCAGCAUAGGCACCAUGGUGACAUUGGGGAAACUUCCACCACACUCCCUAGGCCACGGGUGGGUGCAGCUGCACUGCAUCCCCCGGUUGGGCAGGACAGAGCCCAGUUGGUUGAGGAAAUGGCUAUGGACAAAAAUUUCUGUCCAACUAGAAAAACAAUUUCAAUGGAGCCAUCUUCAAUGGAAACAUCAAAUGUUUCUGUUCAGAACAAGCCCAUUGAUUUGGCAGUCUCAGCAUCUCCUCAAAUAUGUGAUAAAAGAGCAGCUCAUGAUGCUGCCCUGGGAGCUAUAAAAGAAGAAAACAUGAAAAGUGUACAUCUUAAUUUUUCUGAGGAAAGCUCUGGCAAAGCCAAUGACUUGUCACCCCAAUCCUUUCUGAAAAAACUCUGGGAAAUUGUUGGAAGUAAUCGGUUUCAGUCCCUUUGGUGGGGUGACAAUGGGAACUGCAUAGUGAUUGUGGAAAAACUCUUCAAAAUGGAAUUGCUGACAAGGAGAGGACCUCUGCAAACUUUUGAAAUCGAUAGCAUGAAAACUUUCAUUCGCCAGCUUCAUCUUCAUGGAUUCUGCAAAAUGCAAUGGGAUUUGACAAGAUCUUCCUCAUGUGAUGAAUUUCUAGCUGAUAAAGGAGCAGUCUCUGCUUUUAGCAAGUUACUCUUCUACCAUAACCCCUAUUUCAAGAGAGACUAUCCCCAUCUGUUAAGACGAUGCAAGCGAAGUAAAGUGUGAGUAAAGCUGAAUUUUCACUGGAACUGGCUUUGAAGGAAGGCCACUUGAGAAGAAACUCACUGAAGACAUGGUCAGGCCCUGCCUCAACAACGGUCAGUGCAAGGAUGAAUCCUCAGGCCCCAUCCCUUUUUCCACAACACCACAGCCACACCCUGGUUGGCAUCCAGGAUGCUGCCCUGGGAGCAUUCUGCUGAAACUGCUGCUUCUCCAUACCACACUACACCCCACAAGAUAGUGUUUUUC